AUGGAUAUAGCAACAGGUCCCGAGUCGCUGGAGAGGUGUUUUCCUCGCGGGCAGACGGACUGCGCCAAGAUGUUGGACGGCAUCAAAAUGGAGGAGCACGCCCUGCGCCCCGGGCCCGCCACUCUGGGGGUGCUGCUGGGCUCCGACUGCCCGCAUCCCGCCGUCUGCGAGGGCUGCCAGCGGCCCAUCUCCGACCGCUUCCUGAUGCGAGUCAACGAGUCGUCCUGGCACGAGGAGUGUUUGCAGUGCGCGGCGUGUCAGCAAGCCCUCACCACCAGCUGCUACUUCCGGGAUCGGAAACUGUACUGCAAACAAGACUACCAACAGCUCUUCGCGGCCAAGUGCAGUGGCUGCAUGGAGAAGAUCGCACCCACCGAGUUUGUGAUGCGGGCGCUGGAGUGCGUGUACCACCUGGGCUGCUUCUGCUGUUGCGUGUGCGAGCGGCAGCUGCGCAAGGGUGACGAGUUUGUGCUCAAGGAAGGCCAGCUGCUGUGCAARGGCGACUACGAGAAGGAGAAGGACCUGCUCAGCUCCGUGAGCCCCGACGAGUCCGACUCCGUGAAGAGUGAGGACGAGGAUGGGGACAUGAAGCCGGCCAAGGGGCAGGGCAGCCAGAGCAAGGGCAGYGGGGACGAUGGGAAGGACCCACGAAGACCCAAGCGACCCCGGACCAUCCUCACCACGCAACAGCGAAGAGCCUUCAAGGCCUCCUUUGAGGUCUCGUCCAAGCCCUGCCGGAAGGUCCGAGAGACGCUGGCAGCUGAGACAGGCCUCAGCGUCCGCGUGGUCCAGGUCUGGUUUCAGAACCAAAGAGCAAAGAUGAAGAAGCUGGCGCGGCGGCACCAGCAGCAGCAGGAGCAGCAGAACUCCCAGCGGCUGGGCCAAGAGGUCCUGUCAAGCCGCAUGGAGGGCAUGAUGGCCUCCUACACGCCUCUGGCCCCGCCGCAGCAGCAGAUCGUGGCCAUGGAGCAGAGUCCCUACGGCAGCAGCGACCCCUUCCAGCAGGGCCUCACGCCACCCCAAAUGCCAGGGAACGACUCCAUCUUCCAUGACAUCGACAGCGAUACCUCCCUCACCAGCCUCAGCGACUGCUUCCUGGGCUCCUCAGACGUGGGCUCCCUGCAGGCCCGCGUGGGGAACCCCAUCGACCGGCUCUACUCCAUGCAGAGUUCCUACUUCGCCUCCUGAGAGCCAGCUGGGCCCCAGGGACGCUUGGGCACAGGGCCUGGGGUGAGAACGCUGGCCUCGGCAGCCUCCACACGGCCCUGGCCUGCUGCCCACACGGAC